GUAGUGGUGAUGUAAGCUCCACGAGUUGUCGAAGAGUUGUGAAAAAAUGAAAAGAACCUAAAAACACACGUUGGGGGUUUAUGAAUGAGAGAGUUCUUCUACUACUCUCAACCCGCCGCCACUACCACCACCGUAAACGAUUCCGGCCACCAUCACAACAACCACAACAGUGGCGGUGGCUGUUCAUGGCAUUAUCCUCAUCAAGUCAAUGACCCUCUCAUUCAGACCUUCUUCUACAACCUUCUUCUCUAAAACCAUAACCCUUUUUCUCAAACCCCAUUUCCGAUUCUACCCUUUCUCCACAAACCCCCAAAUCGAUAACUCCGUUAACCCCCAUUUCCAUUCCGCCGUUACUCAACCUGAAUUCCUCCUCCGUGUUCUCAACUCCGUCAAACACCGUCCCUUAACCGCACUUCGCUUCUUUCGUUGGGUUGAAAAACAACCUAACUUUCACCGAUCUGAAACUGCUUUCGUUGCGAUUCUCGAUAUUCUCGCGAAAAACGGGUUUAUGAAGCCUGCUUAUUGGGUUAUGGAGAAAGCAAUUGAAGUGAAAGUCGACGGUGGUGUUUUGGAUGUUUUAGUUGGUAUUGGCUGUGGAAGAAAUUCAGAGGUAUCUGUUAAGCUUUUGGAUUUAUUAAUACAGGUUUUCGCGAAAAAAUUGAUUUUGGAGAAGUGUUUGAUGGUUUUUUAUAAAAUGGUUAAUAAUGGGUUGUUGCCUGAUGUUAGGAAUUGUAAUAGGGUUUUGAAAUUGCUUAAGGAUAAGAGUAUGGUGAAUGAGGUUGAGGAGGUUUAUAGUGUAAUGAUUAAGUGUCAAAUUAGGCCGACAAUUGUUACUUUUAAUACUAUGAUGGAUUCGCGUUGUAAAGAAGGCGAAGUUGGAAGAGCGGUUGAGGUAUUGGAUGUGAUGCGAAUGUUUGGGUGUGAUCCGAAUGAUGUGAGUUAUAAUGUUUUGGUGAAUGGGUUGUCGGGGAAAGGGGAGUUUGACCGGGCGAAGGAAUUGAUUGAGCAGAUGUCAAUGUUGGGACUUAAGGUUUCAGCUCACACGUAUAAUCCUUUGAUUCGUGGGUUUUGUAAGAAAGAGAUGUUUGAGGAAGCUAAUGAUCUCAGGAGGGAGAUGUUGGGUAGAGGAGCUUUGCCUACGGUGGUGACGUACAAUACGAUUAUGUACAGUCUUUGUAGGCUGGGAAGAGUGAGUGAUGCGAGGCGGUAUUUGGAUGUUAUGGUAAAUGAGGAUUUGAUGCCUGACUUAGUUUCGUAUAAUACUUUAAUUUAUGGUUACAGCAGGUUGGGAAACUUUGCGGAGGCUUUACUGUUGUUUAGUGAGUUAAGAUCUAAAAAUCUUGUUCCGAGUGUUGUGACCUAUAACACACUUAUAGACGGUGGUUGCAGAACGGGGAACUUGGAUAUCGCCAAGGGGAUGAAAGAUGAUAUGAUCAAACACGGGCUUUGUCCUGAUGUGGUCACUUUUACAAUUCUUGUUAGGGGAUUUUGCCAGAUGGGGAACUUGCCAAUGGCUAAGGAACUGUUUGAUGAAAUGUUGAGUAGAGGAUUGAAGCCGGAUUGUAUUGCUUACACGACUAGGAUAGUAGGUGAACUCAAGCUUGGUAAUCCAUCUAAGGCUUUUGGCAUGAAGGAGGAAAUGAAGGCCGAGGGCUUUCCGCCUGAUUUAAUCACGUACAAUGUCUUAAUCAAUGGGCUCUGUAAAUUGGGCAAUUUUGAUGACGCAAAUGAACUCGUGCAGAAAAUGCGCCUCGAAGGUAUUGUUCCAGAUCAUGUGACUUAUACUAGCAUCAUCCAUGCUCACUUGAUAUCUGGGCUUCUUAGGAAGGCUGAAGAGGUGUUCUCUGAUAUGUUAAAGAAAGGUAUACACCCUUCUGUUGUGACUUACACAGUUUUGAUUCAUUCAUAUGCUGUUAGGGGAAGGCUGGAUUUUGCUAAGAAGUACUUCGAUGAGAUGCAAGACAAGGGUGUUUCUCCAAAUGUGAUCACCUACAAUGCUUUAAUCUAUGGACUUUGCAAAGAGAAUAUGAUGGAUGUUGCAUACAAUUUAUUUGCAGAAAUGGAAUCAAAGGGUGUUUCUCCAAAUAAGUAUACAUACACUAUUUUGAUAAAUGAGAAUAGCAACUUGCAGUAUUGGCAGGACGCUUUGAAGUUGUACAAGGAUAUGCUAGACAGAGAAAUAAAGCCCGAUUCAUGCACACAUAGUGCACUAAUGAAGCAUCUAAGCAAAGACUAUAAAUUGCUUGCAGUUCUGCGUCUUGAGAAUGUAAUUAGAGAGGGUGAAUAAACUUCGAUGUAAAGAUGAAGAAAUGAUUUUGUUAUUUCCAUUUUGGCAUUCCCACAUGAUAAAUGAGUAAAAGAGAUCCCUACAUUUGGAUGGGUUUUACCUCAUCGAGGUGUAAGUUUGCUAUGAUGUGACCGUCAGGCCGUGUAUAUUUUUCUCUGACACGGAUGAAGAUGCCAACGGUUGUUUCCGAUGAUUAAAAGGGGCAGACUCCAACUAUUUUAGCCUUUUUACAAGUUAAAUUCUGUGACUAGGUGAUACUUGGAAGAGUGUGGGUUUUAUCAAUUUAGAUUCAAAGGUACGUGACACUACAUGUCAAAGGCAAGUGGUAUACAGAUGAAGCAUAAUCCUCACUCAAGAUAUUUCAAAGAAUUCUAUCACAAUUAUACCCCAUUUUUUAUUCAUUUCUUAGUCUUUUGGGUAGAAAAGAUUUUUUUUUUGACACAGUGGGGCUUAUUCUUUGCAUCAUAAUUGUGAUUAUUAUUUGUAUCUGUAGUGGUACACAUUUUUUACACCACAAUUUGUAUACGGAAUGGAAAAUAAGAAGUUUGACCUCUUCUGUACAAGGUGGUCAUUGAAUGCAGAACAACUUUCUCUGUAUUGUAUUCUAUCCUGCUAUUCACUUACAUUUUUUUAUUAGUUAAUAUAUUUUUACCAGUUAAA